AUAAACAAACUCUGUAUUUUAUUUGGGACCCAGUGGUCCAUUACUUUGAUAUAUGGAAAAAUUUCCUUUCGCCUCCCCAUUCGAGGGUAAGAUCUGCAUUGCUUUUUGGUUUCCUGACAUUCUUAUAAACAAAGAUAUCUUUAUUAUAAUGAACGUCACACAGCUAGUCAGUUAGUUAUUAGUUACAGUAGUUUGUUUGGUUCGCGAGUAUGGUUGACGUUUUAGUUUCUGAGCACUUUGGGUGGUGGUUGGGGUUGAUAAUGGUAAUACGAGCAAUAUGCUUUAUGAUUCUAGGGUCACAGAACUUAAAUUUUGAGAAUACGGAAAAAUGGGCUGUGGUUCUUGCUCGCUACAUAGUCUACAUGCUAAUCAUAAAAGGCAUCCACGAGGGAUGCUCGCUAGCCGUCAGCUCGGUAGAGGCGCCAGAGGAGCUCAAGGCAGCGUGGCGGCGCUGCAAGCUGUACGUGCUGCUCCUGGCGGCCCCACUCGCGUGUCUGCUGUACUAUCGACAGAGCGUGCUGCGCGAUGACUUCAUGUUUAUGUUUGUUGCACACCUGCUCACUAAACUCUCAGAAAUGGAGCAACCGUACUCCAUCAUCAACUACGGCACGGGAAUGGCGUAUAGUUUCUACGAGGGAUACUUGGCGCACAUUAUGCCCAGCGAUGGGACUGAGAAAUUUGUGGGCUUCCAGGAGAACAUCAACAUCUUCGAAGCUAACCAGGGCGUGGUGUUCCCGGUCAAGAGACUGUUCCUGGUCAUCACCAAGUCGCUGUACUGUCCCCCGGACUUGAAGCACUUCAACAAGACCAACCCCGACCUGCCAUACUUGGAGGCGUGCCAGGUUAGUGAGCAGUCGCUAAAGGAGGUGGAGAAGGAUGUGGCGGGCGUCAAAAACCGCACCUACCGCAACUCUGCCUACGCCAUCUACCGCAAACACAAGCGCCCCGUGUACCUCGCGGCCGAGUGUGCGACGCCUCUACACACGCUAUACAGGGUGCUUCAGAAGAAGACCGUUUAUGAAGAGUUGGCCGACGUGGAGCCGGCAGAGUUGGUUCACGACUUCUGCACCACGCUGCGCUCCAUCGUCCAGAAGAACCCCGAGAGUCGCGACAAAUGCGAACUCGUAUUUUACGAUGAUCUUGACAAAAAUCAAAAUUUGGCUGACGUACUGUUAGACAAAAUACGGGAGUUGGAGCCCGAUUUUGAAAAUAUGAUCAUGAAGAGGGAAUGACAAAUUUUACUUUUUUUGUUAGUUUUUAGUUUUAAGCCAACUAUUUUUAUAGUUAUUUCAUAUUUUGAUUUCUAUAGAGAUUGAUCUAUUUUUUUUUUAUGUUACUGUGUUGUACUCUAUAACUUAACUAAAUAUAAAGUGGACUAAAAUUAGUGCAAUCCUUUUCAUAACAUAAAGGAUAGCUUGAUAAUAAUUAGUUCUUUUAAUUAUUUAGUUAUGGUUUUGGUAAAAAAAUUUGUAUAUCAAAAUGACAGUAAUAUUUUUUAUAGUAAUUGUUUAGUUUUUUCUGUUUCUGUUUUUUAUAUUUUUUGAAGCGAAGCUUCUUAGCGACUUCUUAUUUUACUUGACUUCUUCAUAUUGAUUUACCUUGGAUGAAUUAAAUUCGUCCAAGUAAUUGACAGACUGGACUGAAUGGGAUGGGAUUGGACUAAACCGAUCCGGUCCGAUCUAAAUUACUUUCACCGAAAAUUCCGUAGAAGCUUCGCUUCUGUCAGGCAUCCGUCGACGCGACGAUGCCUGAUUUUUUUAAAUACUUAAUGACAUUUUGAAUCGUGAUAUCAUGCAACGUCAUAAAAUGGCGUUUAUAUUUGUGUUAUUUUUAAGUAAAAAGUUUAAAGCCUAAACAUCAUCUGCUGUAAUCGCAGAUGUAGUAGCUCUGUAAUGUGCGAGAAACAUUAUAGCUUUGAAAUAUGUGACAGACAGUGCUAUUUUAAAAUAUGUGACUAAAAAAUAUGUGUGAAAUAAGUGAAUAAGGCUGCAUCAUCACUUACCACCAGGUGAGAUUGCAGUCAAGGGCUUACUUGUAUCUGAAUAAAACAAAAUAAAAUUUGGGUGUGAUUGAAUUCAAGCCCAUGCCUAUAUUUGUGUUUCUUUGGGUGUGUUUUACUUUUUCUAAAAUAAGAUAAAUAUUGGUGCUGAAUCGGAGCGCAAGUAAAUUUUAGAGUAUUCGCUUCUUUUUCUUACCAAUAUAAUAAGAAAAGGACAGACAAGCCUUAUUUAGUUUAAGACCUCUCAAGUUGCGAGCUUGUUUGUAGAGAACACUAAUUGGAAUUUUUAAAUUUAAAAUUCAUUUUCCGUUCUUCU